AUGCCCAGCACGACGAUCAAGCAUGGGGCGGCGGACGAGGUGAUAGCCCGGGCUCUCUCCGAGGUGAACGCCACAGCUCAACGGUGGAGCGACGCUGUAACCCAGGAGCAGAAUGGCGAUGACUCAACAGCAGCAGUGGCCCAGACCAGGCUACUGUUGGCAGACCAGGUCUGGCGUCUGUAUUCGGCCGUCAAGGGGCCCGUAGACAUGAUCCAUGAUCACUUGGAGAAGUUCACAUAUACUGGCGCAGUACGCGCACUGCUGUCCAUGGGCGUCUUCGACGAGCUCCCAAUGAAUGGGGACAGCAGAACAGCCCAGCAACUUAGUGAUGCGCUUGGAGCUGAGAAGCUAUUGUUGAUUCGCCUGAUGAGAAUAACCACGGCUCUGGGUCUUUUCACCGAAGUCAACAAGGAGGAAUACGCCCAUACCACUCUAUCAAGAGCGUACUUGGACCCUGGACUUAGGGGUUUCUUCCAAAUGGCCGUCGACGAGCACAUGGCCGUCUCCGCAAAUUUCCAUGAGUACUUCCAGCAAAAUGGCCGCAAGAUUCCUACCUCAACCCACGACAACCCUUACACUUUCCACUUCCAAACGGGCGGCGUGCCCAUCUUCGAGUGGAUGGCACGCUUCCCCGCGCGCAUCGCGAGCUUCAACAUGGCCAUGACCACGGCAUCCACUCAGGGCACCGUGUCAAUCACGCUGUUUCCCUGGCGCGAGGCUGUAGGGUGGAGCUCGAACAGCCCCACCACUACAGCUACUACCACGGAUGAGACCCUUUUAGUCGUUGAUAUUGGGGGCGGGCGCGGCCAGGCGGCGCAGGUCAUUCGCGAACAGCUUGCGGGCGUGCCGGGACGCGUGAUUGUGCAAGAUCUACCCGGGACUAUCGAGGCCGCGCAGAAUGAGCAUCCCGAUGUCGAGAAGAUGGCGCAUAAUUUCUUCGAGCCGCAGCCUGCAAAAGGUGCUCUCAUCUACUUCAUGCGCCGGGUCCUCCACGACUGGCCAGAUGAGAUCAGCGUGGGCAUUUUGAAGAACGUGGUGGGAGCCAUGACGCCCGAGUCGCGUGUGGUCAUCAACGAAUUUCUGGUCCCAGAAGUCGGCGCAGAUGCUGAGGCGUGCUGGGUGGAUUUAGUCAUGCUCACUUUUGCCGGGACCGAGCGGACGGCGCCGCAGUUUAAGGGGAUUCUCGAUGCUGCGGGUCUGAAACUGACCAAAAUCUACAGUAGCCCCAAGACGCACUAUGUAGCGAUUGUGGCACGGUUGAAGUAG